AUGGCAGCCCCUUUGAUAGCCUCACCUGUUCGAAUCUCACCAGAUAUCUCGAUAUUACGUGACAAAUUACCCUAUGUCAACUACGAGGCAUCUCUUUUGAGACCGGAUAACCAUGCCCAUCCUCACGCGUCGAUUUUGCAAAAUCAGCAAUUACCUAUGCAUGAGACCAACGCGUUACGCUGGAGGAAGCUCAUGCCUACUUAUGGAUCCCGACAUAUUCAUGAUGUUGCUGAAUUCUCUCUAUGGUGCGAAGAGAAAGGCGAUUUUAAACAUCCAACUUCAGAACAGUCAACAUGGAUCAUGCACUACUAUAAAGCCAAAGAAGUGCGCUUUGAAUAUCCCUUGAUUAUCAUAAUUACGGAUAAUCCUCCGAAGCCGCUAACGCUUACUAUUGCUGGUGUGGCGGCGGUGUUUGUCUCGGAUGCACCCCUCAGCGCAGGUUUCCAUGUUAACACUGCCUAUGCAUCCCCUCGCGUGCCUGAUCCUUCUCCAGUUUUUCUUAGAAAGUGGCUUGCACCUACAAAGGCGGAGACAGAUCUUAUCCUUAUUUCUCUAGCUCCUCUAUGUAACGUCAAGGCUAUUAAUUGGUAUGGAUAUCAUUGUUAUGUCGAGCUACAUACAAAUGACGGAAGAUCCUACGAUAGGCAUUCACUGCCUGGCCGUGUUGCCGGAAAGAUGACAACAUAUCACCAUUCGGAUAGCAGCUUCUGGGACGAUAUGAAAUCGCUGGAAUUAACACGGCGCAUCGAUCCGCAAGCUUUUACAACGGCACCAGCUUUACAGGACCGUACAAACUAUCUACUAGAGGGAAGUGGAAUUCUUCAACCCGGGGUCCGUAUUGCAAGCAGCCUGGAUUCCGAUAACGAAAAAUUCGCUGACCACGAGCUAACCACGAGCUGUGGUAUACGGCUACGUCAUUCCUCGGGCCAAGUUGUCGUGACUGUCGCAAACCACGGAGUUCAACAUUCCCAAAAGGUUUACCAUCCCAGCACCAUGAAUGGGUCUAAGAUCGGAGAUGUUGUUGAACGGUGGGAAGCCCAGGACAUUGCUAUGGUUGACUUGAUCCCAGCAGUCCGCUUCUCGAAUAAUCAAUAUUUCCAAGCCACUGCACCCAAGCGCCUCCUCAGGUCGGAUCAUAUACCAAAUGGUGCCUGGUGCUCAUGCGAUGGGAUGUCCACCGGUGUAGUUUUUCUUCAAUGUCAAGGAACACGCAUGUCUGACAUCCAUAUGGAAGUUACGAAUGGAAUAAAUAUCAAGAAACUAUACUACAAGACGGAGAAGUUGUACAGCACUUUCGGGCCGAUUGGGGGACAGCUAUCUGAGGGUAUAUGUGGCGCGCCCAUAGUUGAAGAAGGAGAUAUGGAUCGCCCAGGCGGCGGUAAUUUGUAG